AACCUGUUUAGAAAUUAAACAUAAGUCUUUUUCUAAACCAAUAGCCAAAGUCUAAUUACUACAAUUUGUUACUUAUUGUAAAACCCCAAUUAACAGUCCUUUCCACCCAGCCUAUGACCCUAUGCUAUGGUUUUCUUCAAAGCUGCCCUUUCGUCUGCAAUUUCAACUCUCUUUCCAAUCCCAUUAUCCAUUUGUUUCUCCAAUUAAUGCUAAUAUUAAUCCAAUGAAGAAAACCCAUCGCCUAAAAAAUGAUUCACAUCACAAAAUUACUGUCCAAAAAAUUCCCACCAAAACCAAAGCUUCAUCAUCCAAAACAACAACAGUUAAAGUAAAAAACAAGCGCAAAUCAAAAGAUUCAAAACCCAACUCAGAAUCUCCAGAAAACCUCCCAAUACCUCAAAUUAACACUACCCUUAUAUCUUUCUUGAAUAAAUUUCCAAUCUUGACCCAAAAUUUUUACCAAAUUGAUGCACUUGAUCUUGCCCCUCGUUUGCUUGGCAAGUUCCUUAGGAGGGAUGAUGUUGUUCUUCAGAUAACUGAGGUGGAAGCUUAUAGGCCAAAUGAUUCAGCUUGUCAUGGUCGAUUUGGGAAAACUGCUAGGACUGCCCCUGUUUUUGGUCCUGGUGGUCAUGCAUAUGUCUACCUCUGCUACGGUCUCCACAUGAUGCUCAAUAUUGUAGCAGACAAGGACGGAGUUGGAGCAGCUGUUUUGAUUCGCUCCUGCGCUCCCAUCAGUGGUUUGGGUACUAUUCAGCAGCGUCGGGGUUUAAAAACUGAGAAGCCUGUUCUUCUUGCAGGUCCUGGAAAGAUCCCCAUGUCAAACGAGUUUGGCUUUGUGUUAUGGAACUUAGCUUGAACAACACUAUUUAAUUUGCUUCAACGACACUAAUCUCGGGGUAUCGACUACUCUUUUUCUCAAGGAAUCCUUGGAAGCUUCUCUAUGUAUAAAAAUAGAAACAAGUGUAUCGAGUACAAUUAUGUUUUUUCUAGAGUUAUGCUGCAUGUAUUAUGUGUAGUAAAACAUUGUGCCUAAACAUGAAACCUUUGCUUAUGAUAUGUCCUUAGGGUCUUUUUAUCUGACCAUUCGUUCCUUGUUAGAUGGAUUUCAUACUUGGGGCAUUCUGACAUUUUAAGCUUCCAUUGAAUUUCGUUUUUUUACCUUAUAAAAUAACAGCUUCCAUUGGAUUUCUUUUACAUGGACUCACUGGAAAAUGGUUGUUUUCACUGUCUUGGAGUAAUUUGAGUUUCAAAUGAUAGUUGUGAUAUUUGACGUUUUGCAAAAUCAUGUUCAGCAGUUAAAAUCAUCUAACGGUAUAAUUUGGCGGUCCUUUCAAUAAGGCUAUAUUAUUAAGUUGUGGUGAUCGAUGUGAUCUACAAUCAAUUGUAAACUAAAUACAUCUGUUGGCAAUUCCAAUUUAACUAGGCUCUAGACUAAGAGCCUAUGUAUGUCAAAACCUCCCUACAAUCAAUAGGUUCCCUGAAAAUUACAGUUGUGUGAUAAUUCAAAUGCAACCUUAAGAAAAAGGGAAAAGGGCUAAAUUUACCCCUGUACUUUGGGGAAAGGUUCAUAUUUGCCCCUAGCAACUUCAAGUUACUACCUGUACCCCCACCGCUAGUAUAGUAUACUCCCUUGCCCCUCCCCCUAACGGCUGCCCAACGGUGGCUUGCAAUGUCAUUUACUGAAGCCACAUGGGCAGCCAGUCAGCAUGCCACAUGGACACUGCCCACCCCACCUCCAAUUCACCCUAAGUAUACCUAAUACACCAUCAGAUGCCCUAAAACACCCAAACGAUCU